UAUUUCAUGUUGAAGGAAACACGAGAAGCAGCAGCCAAACUGGUAAAGAGAGGGAAAAACAAUUAAUUUCCAAACAAAGAGACAUUGGAGUUGGAGUUCGCACAAGCCUAGGCCGUCACUGAUUCACUGGCCAUCGCUGAUUCGCUGAUGAUGGUGGUUAAGUACGAUUCAAAGUCCAAGAUGCGGCAUUUACUGGUGGUUGUAUCGAUCUUGUGUCUGCAAACAACAGUGUUUUCCGAGCGGCAGUUCUCGAUUGAUGGAAAGGUGUUGGAGCUUGACGAUUCCAACUUCGAUUCAGUCAUCUCUUCCUUUGACUUUGUCUUCGUCGACUUCUACGCUCCCUGGUGUGGCCACUGCAAGCGUCUUUCUCCCGAGUUGGAUGCGGCUGCCCCUAUUCUUGCUGGAUUGAAGCAGCCUGUGGUAAUAGCAAAAGUAAAUGCUGACAAGUUUACCCGUCUUGCUAGUACAUAUGAUAUUGAUGGGUUCCCUACCCUCAAGAUCUUUAUGCAUGGCAUUCCAGUAGACUAUUAUGGCCCAAGGAAAGCUGAUUUACUUGUACGUUAUCUCAAGAAGUUUAUUGCUGCUGAUGUUGCAAUCCUCGGUUCAGACUCUGCUAUUAUUGACUUUGUUGAAGAGGCUGGUACUUACUUUCCUAUUUAUAUAGGUUUCGGCUUAAACGAGACACUAAUAUCAAAGUUAGCCAUUAAGUAUAAGAAAAGGGCAUGGUUCUCCGUGGCCAAUGAUUUUUCAGAGGAUGUCAUGGUACGAUAUGAUUUUGACAAGGUUCCUGCAUUGGUUUCACUUCGCCCAAGUUACAAUGAGCGGAGUGUUUUUUAUGGUCCCUUUGAAGAGGAGUUUCUGGAAGAGUUUAUAAAACAAAACUUACUCCCUCUUGCUGUGCCUAUAAAUCAUGAGACACUGAAGAUGUUGAAAGAUGAUGAGAGGAAAAUUGUACUAACAAUUAUUGAGGAUGAGGUGGAAGAGAAAUCACAUAAAUUGAUCAAGUUGCUGAAAGCUGCUGCAUCUGCAAAUCGUGGCUUAGUUUUUGGUUAUGUUGGGGUUAAACAAUGGGAAGAUUUUACUUACACAUUCGGGGUCAGCAAGAAGACAAAACUGCCUAAAAUGAUAGUUUGGGAUGGAAAUGAGGAAUACAUCUUGGUUAUUGGGUCAGAAAGCAUUGAUGAAGAGGAUCAGGGUUCUCAAAUCUCACGAUUCCUCGAAGGAUACAGAGAAGGAAGAACAGAAGUUAAAAGUGUCAGUGGUCCAUCACUGAUGGGCUACAUCAAUUCACUUAUCGGCAUCGGAACAGUGUACAUAAUUGUUUUUCUGGUUGCAAUAUUGAUGCUGAUUAGAAGUAUUAAAGAUGGUGAUGAUGAAGGUGUGAGGGUUGGUUCUGGAGAGAAGGUUGAUGAUCAUGCAGAGAGUUCUGCGGCUGAAAGAAAUGAGUAUAGAUCUGGAGACAAAGAAGACUAGGUUCAAGAUUCUGCUCUGAUACUGCCUGCCAGUGCAAGGUUAGAGUGGAAGAAAAAAAAAUUCUGAGUUACCAGUUAGCUUUGAUUUACCUGCAAAAAUUAUUUCAUUUCCAUGUUUUUUUUUAAAAAAAUUUUAUAUGGUUUGAGCAUAUUAGUAUGCCUUAAUGUAAAAUUAUUGGCAACUCUUGUGUUUAGGCAUCAAAAAGGAUUGUAUUAUUGCUUCCGGUCAUCUCACGGCCAAAAGAACUCAUAAUUUGACCACUCA